AUGUUUUUCGUUUAUGCUUUCUUUGCCUUUUCCGGAACAUACACAGGUGAUUACAACUCAAUCAUUAGUGAUAGCUCAUCAUCCUGUAUUGUCCAAGAUGCAAUUUUCGAUAAUUUCGACUUAAGAUCAAAUUCACAAAGUUUAAUUAGUAUUGGUUCAACAUCAACAACAUUAAGAAUCACUACAACAACAUUUUUCCAUAUCCAAUGCAGCUUUCAAGGUGAUAUUUACACUAAAGGUCCAACAACACUUGAAAAAACGUGUGCAACCCAAAUGGAAAACACAGUCACUGCAGCAUUUCUUAAGCACGAAAAUACCAACAUUCAAAUGACAUAUGUGUCAGUUACUGAUUCUCCAUCCACUUCCAACAAAAUCAUCAUUGACUCAAAAUGCAAUGGUAAUUUCCAGUAUGUGAACGUAUCGGAUGUCUAUGCACCUUAUGCCUCGUUAAACUACCUGUUGCCAUCCCAGCCAAUCAAGUAUUCAGAGCUAAUCAACAGUUCUCAGACGAAUCAAGCACUUUUUGUACAGACAACCAACGGCAAAGUCGAUUCCUGCAUAUUCUACAAGAACAACGGGCCAGCCUGUUUCAUUGAAAAGAUCACUGGAUCCAUCAUUUCGAACAGUUAUUUCAUGGAUAACAAGUUAGACCUACUUUUCAUCAGUUCCACAGUUACUGUCACCAACUGCUACUUCUGGGACAUGUCGUACAGUGGCUCUGCCUUCUCAGUUUCGAUGAACGUCCAUACUUACGGUGCCGGAUUUCCAGAAAACUUCAUUUCGAACGAUCCAAACUGGGGAAAGGCCAACUACAAGUGCGAUUACUACACAUUCCAGCCCCCGACAUGGGUGAAUCUCCCGCUCCUUCCACUCCAGUCCAAACUGCUUUCGAAACUCCAUUUUCUACACAGAUGA